AUGAGCCGCCCUUUUGAUGCAUAUGAUGGCAUUGCCUGCGGCGAAAUUGCCAUCUACUGCCUGUAUCUUGGUGGUGCCAUCUUCUUGUGUCGCAAACACGGUUUUGGCAGAAGUGCCGGUUGGCGUUUCCUCAUCAUGCUGUCUCUUGCUCGCCUCAUUGGCGAUGGUAUGCGACUGGCAACCAUUUCGCUACCAACUAACCAGAGUCUAUACAUCGGCUGGUUAAUUCUCCUUGGUGUUGGCCUCGGUCCUCUGGUUCUUACUUUACAUGGACUCCUCGGCCGCCUCGUCGACUCCAUUGGUAGUCAAGGUCCGCUUCUUAUCAAAUCUACCCACCGCCGCCUUCUUGAGCUUCUUAUGCUCUCUGGCAUGGUUCUGGUUAUCAUUGGCGGAACGCAGUCGAGUUACACUCUCACCAAUGGAAGCCCAGUCACUCAUUACGUUACUCUCAGCUAUGUUGGAACGGCAAUCAUAGCUGUCGUCAUAGGGCUGCUGAUUUUGGAAGUUUUACUUGUUUACCGAAACCGGGACUAUAUCAUCCAAGGCGAAAGGCGCAUUCUUACUGCAAUUGUCAUAUGCAUUCCUUUCGUCCUAGUACGCCUUGCUUACUCCUGCGGUCUGGUCUUUGGCGGUGUUCAUACUAGCCCCUGGCUUUUACUUGGAAUGUCUACGGCAAUGGAGGUCACUGUGACCCUUAUCUGCGAAAUCCUGGGCUUCACUAUUCAUGACGGCUUUGUUGAGCAAACAGGCGAGGAGAUGCAGCCAAUGGCUCAUUUUUCAGCGUCUAAGUAA